AAAAAAGAACUUUAAAGAAUAAACAAAAAAUUAAUUUCAUAAAAAAAAAUACAUAAAGGAUAAAAAUAACUCAAUUUAAAAAUUUAAAGGAGUAAGAACACAAAUCAUAAAAUUGAUUUCCAAAAAAAACAGUUUACAAAUUAAAAAAAUAUUGCAAAAAAAAUUUAAUGGGAUGCAUUUAGAAGAAAAAAAGACAUUCUUUAAAUAUCUUUGAGUUAGCUGAUAAAUAAGCUGAAUAAAUCCUUAAAAUUACCAAAAUAAAAAAAACUACCUAAAUAAAAGUACUUGAAGGAUCUUACCUUAAAAUAACUGAGGCAUAAAAAUAUAGGAAUAAUAUAAAUAUUCAUAAAAAUACAUUUGAAAUUAGUCUGAUAGCUGAGGGUAAUACUAAUUAUGAAGAAGAUAAACACCAAUGCUCAUUAUUUACAUUGAUAUCUGAUAUUGAUACUAUCUAAAAGCUUUAAAUAGAAACACAAACUAACAUUUAGCUAAAUCCUUAAUCGUAUCUCUUUUUGGAGAAAGUCUUUCAUAAAUUGGAUAAACUAUUUAUGUUAUCAUUCAUUAUUGGAUUUAAUAAUAAGUUAGGUGUUGAAGGUAGCAAAAAUUUAAGUCAUUCUAUUCUGUAGUGUUCAAAUUUAAGAUAUUUAGUUUUAAAAAUUAUGGAUAAUAAUUUACUAGGAAGUGAAGGAGGAAAGCAUAUUGGAGAAUCAUUUUAAAACUGCAAACAUUUAGAAAAAUUAGAAUAUACUAUUAAUUAUGGUAAUAAAAUAUCUAUUUAAGGUGGAUAGUCUCUGUCUAAAAGUUUGCUAAAAUGCCAUCAGCUAAAAUAAAUCAAACUGAUAAUUGAAAGUGAUAAUGAGUUAGAACCUUAAGGAGGGAUAGCAAUUGGUUAGGGUCUUAAGAGUUGCUCAAAUCUUAUAGAUUUAUACAUAGAUAUAGGAAAAAAUAAUAUAGGUUAAGAGGGUGUAUCUUAAAUUGGGAUGAGUUUAUAGAGCAUGUAAAAUUUGUAAUCAUUAGAUCUAAAUAUUUAAAAUAAUAACAUGUAAGAAGCUGGAUCUAUUAAAUUAAGUGAAGGCAUUAAAGAAUUAUAACAAUUACUCUCUCUUAAAUUAAGCAUCGGACAUUAUAAUAACAUUUAGGAAAAAGGGGCAUUGUCUAUAUUUAAAUCUUUUGCUAAUUUGCAUAAACUAUAAAUAUUUGUAUUUAGAUUAGGCUAGUUAAAUUAUAUAUAAUAAAAAAGUCUUGCUUUAUUAGGGUUAUCUUUAAAAGGACUUAAAAAUUUACAAUAUUGCAUUGUUUCAUUAAUAAAGCAUGAAAAUAAUUUAUUUAAUGAUUAAUCACAUCUUUAAAAUAAGAUAAAGCAUUCUCCUAAAUUAAUAAAUUUUUGUAUGUAUUUAUCUUGAUUAAAAAUAUAUUAAAUUAUUUAUUCCUUAAAAAUAUAAAUUGAAAAAUAUAUUUUAUACUUUGUUUGCAGUCA